AUGGGUGUAUUAGAUAUUUACAAGAGAGCAGGAAACCAAGCUGUGGAGCUAAACCCACCUAUGGCUGGGAUGGAUAUCCACAUCACAGAGCAUGGUUCAGAUUGGUUAUGGGCAGCUUUUUCCUUGUUUGCAUUUUUUGCUGUUACUCAUUGUAUUGCUUACGCCAUCACAAGUUAUAAGACAAAUGGGUUGAAAAAGGUAUUGUUGGCUAUCCCAAUAUUUAUCAACGUUGUUAUGUCAGUUGCAUACUUUACAUACGCAUCAAACUUAGGUUACGGAAUGCAAGUUGCUGAAUUUAAACAUGUUUCAACAGACCAAGGUUUGUAUACUCGUCAAAUCUUCUAUGCAAAGUUUAUUGGUUGGUUCUUAUCUUGGCCAUUCGUUUUGACUUUAUUUGGAAUUAUUACUCAUACCACUUUGGCAGACGACCAAGCCGAUUUGAUCAAAAGAGCCCUUGAAGUUAUUUCCAGUAUCUUUGUGAGAUUUAUUGCAACUGAAGUGUACGUAUUGGGUUUGUUGAUUGGUAUUUUGAUUCACUCAACUUAUAAAUGGGGUUACUUUACCUUUGCUGUUGUUGCUCAAUUGUUCACCAUGUACUUGAUUUGUGUUGAUUUGCACCGUAGCUUUAGAUCAGCAAACUACAGUCUUCCAGGUAACUUGUUGAUCAUCUUUGAAAUUGUUGUUUGGAUUUUGUACCCAGUAUGUUGGGGUUUAUCUGAAGGUGGUAAUGUUAUCCAGCCAGAUUCCGAAGCUGUAUUUUACGGUAUUUUGGACUUGAUCACAUUUGGUAUCUUGCCAAUUAUCUUGACUUGGCUUGCUAUUGCUCAAGUUGAUGAACAAUACUUUGCCAAGAUUUGGGCUUUCUAUGUCAAUGGUGCCGAAUCGGAUCCUUUAAAUGAAAAAGUCGGUACAACACCAAGACACUCAGGUGAUACUGCAGUUCCACCAAGCGGUGUUCCUGAAGAAGCUACAACUGAAGUUUAA